AUGCUUCACCACUGCUGGGCUCUUUAUGCGGCGCUUGUAGCUACUUGGGUCCUAGUCACCUCGGCCUUGGAAGAUUAUGAUCACUCGACAUCACAUUUAGAGAAGCGCUAUCCCAAGAGCGAAGACGGCCGCUGUGGUGUUAAUUUUGGCACACGUUGCGAGGAUGACGAGGGCUGCUCGGCUGAGGGGUGGUGCGGAACAGGAUACUCGUAUUGCUCUGCUCCCGCAUGCCAGCUUGAAUAUGGCCCUUACUGUGACGCAAACAGGCGGCCACUCGGAGCAAAUACUGAAGAUUGGCCACGCCCUCAUGUAGGCGACGUGCCAUAUGGACAAGCCAUUUUUAACUGUAAAAAGCCCGGCACCGUAGCAUUGACUUUUGAUGAUGGCCCGUGGAAAUAUACCGAGCAACUCCUCGACGUGUUGGAGGAAUACAAUGUCAAGGCUACCUUUUUUAUUACAGGCCGAAAUCUCGGUAAAGGAGCCAUCAAUGACCCUGAGCUUGAUUGGGCCCGCCUCAUUCACCGAAUGAAGGCGGAUGGCCACCAAAUCGCCAGUCAUACGUGGUCUCAUCAGCGUCUUCCUACGCUUAGCAAGACCCUUCUCCGCCAACAGAUGAUUUAUAACGAGAUUGCUCUUGCAGAUAUUCUUGGCUUUUUCCCAACUUAUAUGCGCCCCCCUUACUCGGCUAGCAAUGAGGACGUGGACGAGUGGCUCGGCGAGCUGGGAUACCACGUCACCUACUUUGAUCUGGAUACACAGGGCUAUCUACACGAUAGCGAAGAUGAAAUUGAAGAAUGCAAGAACAUUGUUGACAAGGCCUUUACCAAUAAAGACUUGGAGACCGACAGCUACUUGCACAUUGAGCAUGACACAGUAUACGAGACGGUGUCUACUCUGGUAUCAUACACCAUCGACGCUCUCUAUCACGCCGGAUUCACAGCAGUAACUGUUGGCCAGUGUCUGGAUGACCCAGAAGAAAACUGGUAUCGCUGGCCAGACCAUGAGGAUAAGAAGCGUUCGCUUGAAGCGCUGGAAGAACGCGCUCCUCACCAUUUUAACCAAACUUUGGGCACUCGGAAUCACACAAACGGAACUUCCACCAAUAACGUUUUUGAGUCCAAUCAGCAUUCCUCUUCCAGGCAUUUCCGCCUCCAACCUUUCAAGCCUCAGCCAUCGGUGAAAGGAUCUCGCCUUACACUCAACCAAGCUCUCUCUCACCCCGCCAGUCGUCUUUUCGGCAAGUCAUUCCCUCUUCGCCAACUGCCAUUCAAUGAGACUCGUUGCGGCGCUGAGUUUGCCAGUAUCUCAUGCGAACGCAAUCAGAUUGAGAAAUGCUGUUCAAAGGCUGGCUGGUGCGGAUCUACCGGAGAGCAUUGUCUUGACGGCUGCCAGGAGGAGUUUGGUCGCUGUGCCAGCCCAUUGAUGCCUGAUCAUUGA